GCUCGGGCAGCGCCGCGGGCCGGGCGGGCGCGAUGGAGCCGCCUGAGGGCUGGGACCCCUACGGGCGGCCGGCCCGGCGCACGCAGUGGCUGGUCAGCGCCCUCGCCUACCACUACGGGCUGGACCGCGGCGUGGAGAACGAGAUCGUCGUGCUGGCCACCGGCCUGGACCAGUACCUGCAGGAGAUUUUCCACCACUUGGACUGCGACGGUUCGGGCCGCAUCCCCGGCGAGGACUUCCGCACGCUGUGCCAGGUGCUGGGGCUGGAGGAGGCGGCGGAGCCCGAGGAGUGCGCGGGGCUGUGGGACGGGCUCUCGGCCGAGCUCACCUUCCGCCAGUUCCACGCGCGGCUCUGCGGCCACUUCAGCACCCGCGCGGGGCCGCGGCUGCCGCUGGGCCGGGAGAGCGAGCACAUCGAGACCCAGAUCCGCCUGCGCAGCCCCCGCCGCCGCCGCCGCACCGACCCCGCCGGGCGCGGAGCCGCGGGCAGCGCCGAGCGGCGGCCGCCGGGGCCCUGCUCCCGAGAGGGCUGCGAGGAGAUCGCGGCGCUGGAGCAGGCCGAGGACCGCAUCGCCAGGCUGGAGGAGGAGAACGGCAGCCUGCGGGAGCUGGUGGAGGACAUGCGCGCCGCCCUGCAGAGCAGCGAUGCGCGGUGCCUGGCGCUGCAGGUGGGACUGCGGAAGAGCCAUGCCAGCCAUACAGGAGGAGGACCCUGCUUCAUAGGGAGGAAGAGACCAUUAACACAGAAGCACUCCCAGACCAAGUGCCUCCAAAAUGUCCUGGAGGAAAUGGAGCUCAUGCGGAGCUCCAGGGAUGGGCAGAUUGAAGAAGCCAUCAGGUUCAGUCAGGAGCUGGAGAAGGAGCUGAAGAGCUCUCAGGAAGCUCUGGUCAGCCUGGAAGAUUGCAACCGUAACCUGAGGAGGGAGCAGGCAGAGAUGAGGAGGAAGGUGGAAGAGGCCAGACACGCUGUCCUCAACAGUCUUGGCAAAGUGAAGGAGCUGGAAGUGAGAGCUAAGGAGGUGCCACAUCUGCAAAUACACGUCCAGCAGCUGGAAUCACAACUGCAGCACUACAGGUCGGAACUGGAGCGAUGCCAGCUGGCCCAGCAGAGCAGCCCCCAGCAGCAGCAGCAGGAGCAGCAGAGCAGCCCUGAGCAGCAGCAGAAGCAUCAGGAGCAGCAUCAGGAGCAGGAGGCAGCAGCCGUGCCCGGGGGCACCCGCGGAGCGUCCGUGGCACCGCCGGGCACCACCGACCACGAGGAGCAGCUCUGUCGCUCUGUGGAGGGCCAGGCCGCCUCGGACGAGGAGGAGGAGCAGCAGUGGCCAGGGCACCACACUCCCCAGCUGGGCCACAGGAGGAGGAUGCUGGCCAAGCUCCCUUGCUGUGGCAGUGGAUGUGAUGAAAAGACGUGGAGAAAGCUGCUGUCCUACCUGGAGACCAGCAGCACUGAGGGGAAGGACCCUGUGGAGCUCUUGGGGACAAUCUCCCCCCUCACAGAGCAGCCAGAACUCAAGGGCCACCAAGAGAGAAAACUGGAAACAAGCAUGGAAGAGAUGAAGGGCCCGUGGCUCGGGGAGCUGCAGCAGAAGGUGGAGGAGACAGAAGUGCUGAAGAUGGAGCUGCAGAUGCUGGAGACAGAGAGGGUUCGGCUGUCCCUGGUGGAAGAGAAGCUCCUGGAUGUUCUGCAGCUUCUCCAACAGCUCCGAGGCUUGAACAUAUCGAAGCGAGCCCUGGGGAAAAUCCUGCUGAGCACUUUGGAAUCCUGUUGUGAUCCUCAGCCUGGCAAAGCCCAGCUGUUGGAAGUGCUGGACACCCUUCAGCAGGAGCUGGCAGCCUGUGAACUCUUGCACAAGCAGCCCUUGGAGCAGGCACAGAGCCCACGGUCCCUGUCCAACCCCCUGGUGAUCUCCUGCUGAGCCCAGGCAGCCCCAGGACAGUGGAAGGAGGAAGGAGGGACAUUUGGCCAGCUGGAAGGAGGAAUGAGGGACAUUUGGCCAGCUGGAAGGAGGAAGGAGGGACAUUUGUCCAGCUCAGCCACGCCUGCACAGGCCAGGAGCAAGCAGUGACCCAAGGGAGGAGCAGCAGCCCAGGCUGGGCACAGCCCUGCCUUACCUGGGCUGCAGAGCCCAGCCCUGGGGUGCCCGUGGCACUGGGCUGGCACCAAACUGUUCCCACCAUCUUCACCUGACCCACAGUGAUUUACAGAUCUGCAAAAAUGGGACUGGACUGGCACCCAAAUGUGCCCACCACCCUCACCUGACCCACAGGGAUUAACAGCUCUGCAAAAUUGGGAUUGGACUGGCACCAAACCAAAAUGUGCCCACCACCCUCACCUGACCCACAGGGAUUUACAUCCCUGGCUGUGCAGGGACUGGGCUGGCACCAAACUGUGCCCACCACACUCACCUGACCCACAGGGAUUUACAGCUCUGCAAAACUGGAACUGCACUGGCACCAAACUGUGCCCCACCACCUUCAUCUGACCCACACAGGGAUUUACAGCUCUGGAAAACUGGGAUUGGACUGGCACCAAACUGUUCCCACCAUCUUCACCUGACCCACAGGGAUUUACAGCUCUGCAAAAAUGGGACUGGACUGGCACCUAAAUGUGCCCCACCACCUUCAUCUGACCCACACAGGGAUUUACAGCUCUGGAAAACUGGGAUUGGACUGGCACCAAACUGUUCCCACCAUCUUCACCUGACCCACAGGGAUUUACAGCUCUGCAAAAAUGGGACUGGACUGGCACCCAAAUGUGCCCACCUGACCCACAGGGUCACUGGGACUGGGCUGGCACCAAACUCUGCCCAUCACCUUCACCUGACCCACACUGAUUUACAGCCCUGGCUAUGCAGGGGCUGGGCUGGCACCAAACCAAACUGUGCCUGCCACAACCACCUGACCCACAGGGAUUUACAGCUCUGGAAAACUGGGACUGGACUGGUACCAGACUGUGCCCAUCACCCUCACCUGACCCACAUGGAUUUACAGCUCUGGAAAACUGGGACUGGACUGGUACCUGACUGUGCCCAUCACCCUCACCUGACCCACAUGGAUUUACAGCUCUGGAUAUACAGGUGCUAGGCACAGUUUGCAGCCUUUGUGGAAGCCCCACUCCAAAGCCAAGGCAGCCUGUGUUAUCCCUGGAUUUGUUAUCCCUUCCCCUACAGGUGACAAACUGAAUGAUAAAGGCACCCAGGAGUGUGUGCCAGCAAUGCAGGCAUUAAGGGCUCUGUGUUUCUCACUCAAUUAUUCACCUUAUUUAACUCUGAAGCUAGAUUUUUUUAUUACUCUGAUGAAUUUUAUAUUGGCAAUUAUAGAGAUGCCUUAGGAAUAUGCAGCAGCCUUUCCUGACAACAGUCAGAUUUUACAUAAGAAGUUAAAUUUAAGUGCUUGAAAAAGGUCCAAAGCAAUCUUGUUCCCAGGCUCUCAGGGAAAGGAAGGGCUGAAAAAUUCACUUUGCUGUCAUUCUGUGUUAGCAAACAACUCGUGCAGUGCACAAGUGAGCUCUAAAUUUUAAUUUCCCUCAGUGCAGCUGCAGACACACAAAAUCAGGCCCCACAUGGAGGCCAAUUAAUGUAAAGAGCUGGGUCUAAUCAUGGUGCUAUGGAAUGUUUUAAUCAGCAAUAAAAUAAUUCCCGGGACAAAAGUAAAAAAAAAAAUUAGAUUUCUUCCAAGGUGUUUUGCUGUGUCAUUUACCUGCCAAACAGGGGCAGAGUUCCUAAAAGAGCCAGCUGAAUUUAUGUUACUGGAAAGAUGCACUGUGGAUCUUUGAAGAAUGUGAUUUGCCUGAGAUGAAACAAGAUCAUUCAACUGUAUGUGUAUUAAUUUUUCCCAGGAAAAAGGUUUUCAUACAGGAAUAAGGUCCACAAUGCAAGCUGGGGAAUAAAAUUUCCAUUCCUUUCCACAUUGUGUGGCUCACACACACCUCCACUGAAAACUGUGGCACCUUUGAGCCACAUUGGAAACAAAAAAUUGUAUUAUUUUAAUUUCAUUUUAAAGGAGGGAACAAAAGGUGUUAUGCAAACAACGAAACAAACUCUGUUCAAUCGUGUUUUACCUCAUUGGGGUUUUUUUGUAUUUUGGGGUUUUUUGUGGUUUAGCAGAUGAAGAUUGUAAGAAUAGAUAUAUAUUGUUAAGUUACAUUUUUCUUAAAGAUACAUUAGACAGGACAUAUAUACAUAGAAUAAUAUUCACCCUCUAAGAAAGAAAACUAUCUCUUAAUGCUAAAUAUAUUGCUAACAAAAUACCAGAGCAUAAUAUACUGUUAGUGAGUAUAUACUGAGGGACAUGCUAGGAUUAUAUCCUACAUAAACAGCCUCUAGCUGUGCCACAGGCAAAAGUUUAAAUGAGCAGAAAUCAGAUCCCUGCUUGGCUUCAUUUGCUAAAAAUCCCAACAAGUAUCAGCUUUUGUUGUGCGCAGCUCUCUGACUUUCCCAGGAACAUGGCAGAGGUGUAAAGAGGGAAAAUGCCAGGGAAUGAUGAAAUGAGCCUGAUCUGUGUGUUCAGGAGCAGGAUUCUAAUGCAGGCACACACCUGGCUCUGGGUCCCCAUUUACUGCAGGGUUCUUGCAGCAUUUGGGUUUGUCACCAUCUGGACCCUUUCUCCUGUUCCCAUGUCCCCAAACCUGGCAGUCUAUUUCUCACAGACUUUGCAUUUCCUUAGAUCCCCACAAACUCUGUUUUAGUUUAUUAAUUUCCUAUUAAACCUGCAAACUGGCCCUUAAAGGAAGCUUGGGUAUUUUCUCCCCUGACCUCCACCAUGAAGCUUUUGGGUUUUUUCCACAAAUUAUUUUACUUCAUCCUCAAUGUCCCUUCCCCUCCCAACACCCUCCUCAGUUCCCAUUUGGCAAAUUUCUCCCUGGGGUAACCUCUGAGGGGUUCCCACUUCUAGCACAAAUGGCAUUUUUCAAGAAGAGUUUCCUCCUCCCAUGAUUUUUUUAUUUAUAGGAGGCAUUAACUAUUAGUAAAGUAAAGCCCACCUGAUCUGUAAAAUUGUUUAAUAGUUGUCCUAUUUAUUUUUUAUGCUCUCUCUGGAGUAUUUGGCAGUGAGGACUCAUCCCAGAUGUUACUCUGAGUCACAGAAUUUCUGCAGCAGAUCAGAGUGGCCUUGUCCAGCCAGAGCUGCUCUGAGGGGUUCAGUGCAUCUGUGCUCACUUUGGGAGGAAAAAACCCUGCAAUUCAAACUCCUCCCUUCCAUGAUGCUGUCCUUAAUCCGUACAUGGGGAUGGAAGGAGCUGGGACUAGGAGGAAAGGAGCACUUUUAACAUAAAAAUGGAAUAAAAUGGAAUUGCUCAGUGUGAGAGUGACACUAAACCUUUACAGGGUGCAUGUGACAUGUGGCAUUACCAGCCACAGGGCCUCUCUCAGAUUUAUAAUUUCAUGGAGUUAAAGACACAAUACUUUGGUAUUUACACUGUCUUAUUUUCUUAAUAACUUUAUGUAUAAUUCCCCCAAAUACAAAAGCUAUAGAGUGUGUUUCCUAGUGUGAAAUUAAAUUAAAAUCAUUCUUA